CCGGGUGUCUCUCCACUGGCUCUCUGCUACUUGUUUUCGAGUUCCAGAUCUUCAUCAUGUCGGAGACAGCUCCCGCUGCCCCUGCUGCUGCGCCUCCCGUGGAGAAAGCCCCGGUGAAGAAAAAAGCUGCCAAGAAACCUGCGGGGGCGCGCCGCAAGGCGUCCGGGCCCCCGGUGUCCGAGCUCAUCACCAAGGCGGUGGCCGCCUCCAAAGAGCGCAGCGGCGUGUCCCUAGCCGCGCUCAAGAAGGCACUGGCGGCCGCUGGCUACGAUGUGGAGAAGAAUAACAGCCGCAUCAAGCUUGGGCUCAAGAGCCUGGUGAGCAAGGGCACCCUGGUGCAGACCAAGGGCACCGGCGCCUCCGGUUCCUUCAAACUCAACAAGAAGGCAGCUUCCGGGGAAGCCAAGCCCAAAAUCAAGAAGGCUGGCGCUGCCAAGGCCAAGAAGCCCGCUGGGGCAGCCAAGAAGCCCAAGAAGGCGACCGGGGCGGCUACCCCGAAAAAGAGCGUCAAAAAGACCCCGAAGAAAGCGAAGAAGCCGGCGGCUGCAGCUGUAGGCAAGAAAGUGGCUAAGAGCCCAAAGAAGGCCAAACCUGCCAAGCCCAAGAAGGCCGUCAAGAGUGCAGCGAAGGCUGUCAAACCCAAGACAGCCAAGCCCAAGGUUGCCAAGCCUAAGAAGGCUGCACCCAAGAAGAAAUAGGCUGUUGGUGAACGCCUGCUUCUAAAACCCAAACGGCUCUUUUCAGAGCCACCACAGAUCUCAAAAAAAGAGCUUAACACUUCAAUCUCCGACUCGAUGGGGUCGUUUAUGGGAAGGCUAAGGGUAGCUUGCGGGGGAAUAAAUUGUAAGGAUGUUGCUGAACCCUCUUACCUCCUCCCCGGCUUGCCGAUAAGGUGGGGUAGGCAGGGCAGGGUGGAGAGAACAGUGGCGGCCGUGAAGUUGUCCCUUCUACCUCUCGAUCUAAAGCUUUCCCUAUUCUACCCCGCUCUUGGUUAGCUUCCUGGUCAGCUGUUCCGAGGCUCGGCUGUUGCUGGUGUACUUGGGAUAUCCGCCAGCCCCGCCCCGCGCCAGUGAACAGCAAAACAACCAGAAUUAAAGGAAAAGCUAGUGCUUUGGUCUUAAGGGAAUCCCGAUUGGACUAGAAAAAAAUCAUUCAAAAGUCCCGCCCUACGAACGGGUUGGCCCACACCUCCAGCCCCUGAUGAUAAACCUGAAUAUAAUUGGAUAGUGAUAGACCUCCUGUCUAGUCUCUGUUUUGGUUCAUUUGGGUUUAGAGAAUCUGCCCCUUUCACUUGUUGCAGAAAUGGGUCUGGUAUUUCCAUGUUCUCGAAAGUCAAGACACUGUUUCCUGGGGGCGUUGGCAGCAUCCAACCCUGGGAAGGAAGUGGGUGGAGGCGUCUUUGUUUUGCGAAACCCAAAACCGCUGCCGUCGAGUCGAUUCCGACUCCUAGCGAACCAGGA